UCUGGUCAGUGGGAUUCUCUGUUUAUAUGGUGAUGAGUAGGUUAGAAGGGGACGACAUAAACUACAACCAUAAGAGAAAAGCAUCAAGCUGUAUCCGGAGCUAAUAGUUAUGCAUAAAAUAACUUGACAUUAGCAUCUUCCUGGUAGAGCCAUUACUGCAUGCUGAUGCAUUUUUGUAUCUUGGAUUCAGCUUUUGGGAGCACAGAGACCAGAAACACAGUCGCAAGAACCAAUCCAAGAUAAAUAUGUCUAAAUAAUAAAUAUAUAAUGAAAACGUAGCAUGUUGACAGUCACAUAGACAAGUCGGUUAAGGAAAUUGUGCUUAAUCUCAGUGUAGAUUUUUUUCCCUCACCAGGAUUUUUCAUCCAUCCAACAUUCUAGAGAAGAAAAGAUAGCGAAAGUCAUUCUUUUGUGGCAAAUUCUUAAAUGUAAAAGUCUGGUGAUUAACUUAUCUAUGAAAGAAACAAAAAUGGAUGUUCCGGAGAUUAAAAGUGUAUUUACAGUGAGUUAAUAUAUAAAUAAAUGCUACAAUUUUGUUUAUAUGUUUCAUUGAAUAAAUUAUUGACCUAACUUUAUAGACAUUUGUGUGAAGCUCCCAAAACUGACAGAUAUUUUCUUGAAAGAGUGGUAAAAUAAAAUGUUGUGCUGGUUCUUCAAGAGUCACUCUCAGCCUGUCUGUCUAUAAAGUCUUCAUGAAUUUCAUUAUUUAUAUAUUUUUUAUCUUAUCAAAGUCCUUAAGAACCUAAGAUCUUUUGGAGACUCCAGCGUAGUGGAAAAUAGUAGUACAGUAGACUAAAGCGUCCCUGGUGGUUUCACACCUAAUGCUUCACCUUAAUUAACAGCUAAUGUGUCCUUUCUUCUUGAUCUGUUCAUAUUUUUAAUCCUACUGACCUGAACAUUUCACCGUCCAGAGAUCAUGAUUUAACAUGAGUUAAAUAUUUUCAAUAGAUGUCAACCCUAAUGCACACAUCUCAUAGGAGAACACUAAGAAGUAGCAUAGUUAUUUCAACUAAAGAACAUCAAAUGUCAAAAAAAAAAAUCACAGUUAUACACCGUAUAAUACAGAAACUUACUAUAAACAGGUUUUACUGUCUUUUACUGUUAAAAUUGUUCUUUUUAGAAAUCAGAAAUUUAUAUUCAGUAGUUACUGUAAAUAUCAUCAAAAAAUGACUAUGCUUUAUUUUCAUUGGUUUUAUAUCGGUGGCGGUGCCAAACAGACAUUUAGUUUGCAUGCAACUUUGCCAAAGGGCAAACGCGUUGUGCAAACACAGAGAAACACAUUUCCUUAUUAACCCUUGCACCCUACAAUACCGGAGUAAACAAAAAAACUACUUAAUAAUAGAUCAUGUUCAAAAUGUCCAGAAAUAGUAUGUCAUAACAAUGUACCUUUUUUUUCCUUUUCGAAUAUAAGCUUUAUUAUUACGGCCAUUAGGAAGUAAAACAAAACAACCAAAUAAAUGAAUAAGGCGACCAUUUCACUUUUGCUUUCCCUGGCUUUCACUUUCUGAGAAGUCCACACCCAAAGGAGACCGAAAGCUAACGUCUUAGUUACUUACUCUGCUCAAAGUGAGAGCUGAAUCAACAGCAGUAUCCUGUCCUACAGACAAUAUCCUAGGAGAUAAAAGACCAUGUAUGCGGUUGUUACUCUGCAAGACUCAGAUGAGGUGAUGGUGGUACCAUUAAACUGGCUGAGCCUAGACAAGAAACACUGCCACUGGCCUCCAUUCAAAUCAACAGAGAAGUGCACGGAAGCUAUUCAGGACAGAAUUAUACCUCAAACAGGUGGAAAACUAUGGGAGAAACUACGCAUUUGCUUUCUCGGAGAAUACGCCACUUUUGAGAGAGCAAAAGAGGAGCAAAAAGAAAUCGAAGACUGGCCACAUCCAUUAGACACUUUGUUAAGCGGAGUAAAAAGACAGGAGUUUGAAAGUACUAAAGUGAAAUCAAAUAAUCAACCACUUCCUCCAGUAACACCUGCAUCUACACCCAGAAAAUCAGAUGAUGCAGACAAGGCUGAAAUCGUCCAAAUGCUGAGGGACAUCAAGAGCAAGGUUCAGGAAAACUCUACCAUGUUAAAGAAAAUACUCAAAAACAAUACGGUUUCUGAAGCCCGCAGCAGUACAUGUGCACAUUCAAAAAACUUUAAAGCAAAGCUAAACCUGCCUCUUGGAACCCUUGAAGAUGUGGCCGGGACUGAAACAGUGCUCAAAAACUCAGCAACACGUAAAAAAUAUGUGAAACAUCUGUCAGAGUGUGGAGGUUUUACUACCAAAGAUGUGGUGAAGAAAAUUAUGCAAGCGGUCAUAACAGAUGAUCUGGCUAUACAGUUCAACUGGCAGGGGAGAGGAGAUAAACAGGCCUUCUCUCAACUUUUGUUAACAGAUGUGAUCAGAGAUGCUGCGUUGAACCGAAAUGUCAACAGGGGUGACUGUGAAAAUGAAAUAAAAAAAUAUCUGAGUUACGCAGCUGGUCGGAAGAAACCAAAAGAACAAGAAGGUCUUAGAAAUGAGAUUCAAAACGUGAUUUCUACCUCAACGAUGGACAAACAUCCAGAUAUAGGAGCACUUUAGAACUUUUCAAUGGAUAAUUCAUAGUGAUUCACCGAUACCACUUUUUCAGCUUGAUACUAAUACUUUUUUUUGGUACUUUUUCUGAAAUACUGAAUAUGUAUAAUGUCAAUUGGCUUUGUUCAUUGUGCAAAUUAUAUUUCCUUCAGUUAUUUUCAUACUUAGUCAUGUUCAUUUAAAUGUAUUCUACAAGCUUUUGUUACUUUUUAUUUUAAUAUGCUCUAUGGUAUUUCAUUUUUAAUUUAAGCGCACAUUAGAGUUGCUCCAUACAGUGGCUCAGUAGCUACAUGACAACAAGGCGUUUUCCUGUAAUAAUGUAAGGAGUAACUCAGCCUAUAUAAAUAUCGUAACAGUAAUAAACAAAUUUUGUUCAAUUUGAUAUUAAUUCAUAAAUUGGCAUGUUUGUAGGCAGGGGUGCCACUAUAGUUUCAUGGUCCACUGAACAUUACACUGUUUUCAAGGAAAAUUACAGCAGCUUUAGUUCCAAACUUAAUUUAGUAUAAAUUUGGUAUAAAUUGCUAUAAAAUGUAGUUUUUUUUAAGUAGCAUAUAUACACAUAUGUCUAUUCAUGUUUCAUCAAUUGCAUGUGAUGGUUUCAUUAAAAAUAAACCUGAAUUAAAGAUGAUUUCUCCUCUUCA